GGGCCUUGGGGGCGCGCUCUAGGCGGGCCCUGCUGGAGGUUGCGCGGGUGGGCCGCAGGCAUGGCUUCCAAACAAGCUAAAAGGAAAGAAGUGCAUCGGAUCAACUCUGCCCACGGGUCAGAUAAAUCUAAAGAUAGCAACGUGCCUCCCGGUUCUUCGGAACAGAAGAAGGGAAAGUUCCCCAUCUGGCCAGAGUGGAGCGAGGCUGAUGUAAACGCUGAAAAGUGGGAUGCAGGCAAAGGCGGGAAGGAGAAGGACAAGACCGCCAAGAGCCCGAUCUUUCACUUUUUCGAAGACCCUGAAGGAAAGAUUGAAUUACCACAGUCAUUGAAAGUCUUUUCCUGGAAACGUCCUCAAGAUUUUAUAUUUAGCAGAACUCCUGUAGUUGUGAAAAAUGAAAUCACAUUUGACUUAUUUUCGCCAAAUGAACAUUUACUCUGCAGUGAGCUUAUGAGGUGGAUUAUCAGCGAAAUAUAUGCUGUAUGGAAGAUAUUCAAUGGAGGGAUUCUGAGCAAUUACUAUAAGGGAAAUUCAGGAGAGCUUCCUAUUCUGCCGUGGAAACCCUGGGAACACAUAUAUUCUCUCUGCAAGGCCGGGAAGGGCCACAUGCCCUUGUUCAACAGCUACGGGAAGUAUGUCAUAAAGCUUUACUGGAUGGGAUGCUGGAGAAAGAUAACUGUUGAUGACUUCCUGCCCUUUGAUGAGGAUAACAAUCUAUUGCUUCCAGCUACAACCUAUGACUUUGAACUCUGGCCAAUGCUACUGUCGAAAGCUAUCAUUAAGCUGGCAAAUGUUGACAUCCAUGUAGCACACAGGAGAGAGCUAGGAGAACUCACAGUAAUCCACGCUCUUACCGGGUGGCUGCCUGAAGUCAUCCCUCUUCAUCCAGCGUAUGUAGACAGAGUUUGGGAGCUCUUGAAGGAAAUACUACCCGAGUUUAAGCUCACGGAAGAGCCCAGUUCCGAAAGCAAAAUCACAAUAGACAAACUGAAGGAAGCCACAAAAGAGAGGGACAGCAAGGACAGCAGGGACAGUAAAGACGGCAAAGAUGGCAAAGACGGCAAAGAUGGCAAAGACGGCAAAGAUGGCAAAGACGGCAAGGAUGGCAAAGACGGCAAAGAUGGCAAAGACGGCAAGGAUGGCAAAGACGGCAAGGACGGCAAAGAUGGCAAAGACGGCAAGGAUGGCAAGGACGGUAAAGAUGGCAAGGAAUUGAAGGAUGCAAAGGACUUCAAACCGGAAGUCUCCCUUACAGCCCUGAAGACUCCUGAGAAGGGCGACAAAGCUGCCAAGGGUUCCUCAGCAAUACAGUCCCCUCACAUGGUUGUGUAUGCCACCUUUACACCACUCUAUUUGUUUGAAAACAAGAUCUUUACAUUAGAGAAGAUGGCGAAUUCUGCAGAGAAACUUAGGGAAUACGGCCUUUCACACAUCUGUAGCCAUCCUGUGCUGGUGACCAGAAGUAGGUCUUGUCCCCUUGUGGCACCCCCCAAACCUCCUCCCUUACCUGCCUGGAAACUCAUUCGCCACAAGAAGGAAACAGUGAUAACCGACGAGGCUCAAGAUGCUGUCCCAAAGAAGCCUGAGCAGUUCCUUGAGAUCUCAAGUCCAUUUCUGAAUUAUAGAAUGACUCCAUUUACGAUUCCAACAGAAACACAUUUUGUCCAAUCUGUCAUUAAGAAAGGAACGCCGUUGGGAUCCAAUCUUCCUCCCCUUGUGGAAAAUGAUUUAGCUGCAAGUGCCAGCCAAGGGGAAAUGAGCAUAGCAAACGGAAACCCAUCUCAGGGCACUAUUGCAUUGCAAAUUAUACCUGGAAAAGAUGAACCUUCUGAGCCUGCUUUGGGGGAGUCCCAUCAACUUGAGGCUAUUAGUGUAGACAGGGAUUUGAUCAGCCUGACUACAGCGACACUGGACAAGUCACAGGAAGAGUUAGCAAUAAACGAAGGUGUUUCCAAAGAAAUAUGGUUAGACUUUGAAGACUUUUGUGUGUGCUUUCACCAUAUAUAUAUAUUCCACAAGCCAAGUUCUUAUUGUCUUAAUUUUCAGAAAUCAGAAUUCAAGUUUGUGGAAGAGCGGGUGCCCUACUAUCUGUUUGUGGACAGCCUGAAGCCUAUCGAACUACUGGUUUGCUUUUCUGCUUUGGUGCGCUGGGGGGAGUCUGGAGCCUUAACAAAAGAUAGCCCUCCUGUGGAGCCUGGGCUCCUGACAGCAGAAGCCAUCACCUGGAAGUCCCUGAAGCCUCUUAGUGUUGUUCUGAGGAUUCACACCUACGCUACGAAGGCCAGCAUGGUGCGCCUGCCUGUCGGGAGGCAUAUGCUGCUCUUUAAUGCAUAUUCCCCUGUGGGGCAUGCCAUACAUGUCUGCAGCACGACAACAUUUGUCAUUGGGGAUGAAGAUGUUGUACUGCCCAACUUUGAGCCGGAGAGCUACCGAUUUACAGAACAGUCUAUAAUAAUUAUGAAGGCUAUUGGCAACGUGAUUAUUAAUUUCAAAGACAAAGGUAAAUUGUCUGCAGCUCUGAGGGAUCUGCAAGCAGCUCACUACCCCAUUCCCCUCAACAACAAAGAACUCACUGCUCAGCACUUCAGGGUUUUCCAUAUAUCAUUGUGGCGUUUAAUGAAAAAAUCUCAAGUAGCCAAGCCUCCUUUGAACUUCAAAUUUGCAUUUCGGUCUAUGGUUUUAGACACAGACUUAUUGGAUUCCUUCUCAGAGGAUGCUUCUUUAGCGGAAUGGGUAGACCUUAAAUAUUCGAUGCCAAUAAAUGAGAAGGAGUAUACUUUCGAGGAAAUAGCUGCUGCAAUAAAAAUUCAAUCCAUGUGGAAAGGGACCUAUGUCAGACUGCUCUUGAAAGCCAGAACACCAGAAACAAAGGAAAAUGUCAGCGUUGCAGAUACACUUCACAAAAUUUGGGCAAUAUUAGAGAUGAAUUUGGAGCAAUAUGCAUUGUCGCUCUUAAGACUAAUGUUUAAAAGCAAGUGCAAGUCUAUGGAAUCCUACCCAUGCUAUCAAGAUGAAGAGACCAAGGUGGCCUUUGCCGACCACAACGUGAACUAUGCAGACCAGCCCCCCAACUCUUGGUUCAUAGUAUUCAGAGAAACAUUUUUGGUUCCUCAAGAUAUGAUCUUACUCCCCAAAGUAUACACUACACUCCCAGUCUGUAUACUGCAUGUCAUUAACAAUGACACGUUGGAGCAGGUGCCAAAGGUGUUUCAGAAAGUGGUGCCUUACCAUUACACCAAGAACAAGAAAGGAUACACUUUUGUGGCGGAAGCAUAUACUGGUGACUCAUUCGUAUCAGGCUCACGGUGGAAACUGCGGCUCAUUGGCUCUUACAACCCGCUCCCAUUUCUCUCCCGUGACUCUCCAUGCAAUACCUUCAGCAUAAAGGAAAUCAGAGACUACUAUAUUCCUAAUGACAAGAAAAUCCUGUUCAGGUACUCCAUUAAGGUGACAGUGGCACAGUCGAUUACGAUACAGGUCCGCACUUCCAAGCCCGACGCCUUCAUCAAGCUGCAGGUUCUGGAAAGUGAGGAGAUCAUCGUGAGCACUGUGGGCAAAGGGCAAGCCAUUAUCCCGGCCUUCUACUUCCUUGGGAAUGAAAAAGCGUUGAGCUCCCAGUCUAGCAAGCAAAUUCUCUUAACUCACAUCUCACCUAAGAAAGAACCAGAAGUGCUGACCAAGAAGAAAACUGGCCAAGCAGGUCAGAAAUCCUUCAAAGGAAGACCUGGAGGUGGCCUAACAGAAGCAGGAAUGCCCCUGCUGGAGGAAGAAGUUUUGAACAUACCCACUAUUGAAGAAAAUUCUAGCACACCACAACAGGCCAAGCAGUCCCGUGGAGCCUACGUUGAAGAAAACCAGUUGCCUAAGUGCUACAAGUACAUCAUACAGUGCUUGGUGUUGUAUAACAGCUGGCCUUUAAAUGAAACUCAGCUGACAUUUGUUCAAGCACUAAAAGACAUGGAGAAAAUUGAUAUCAAAGCUCAAGUAGAGAAGCAUGAAGAACCAGUUCCCAUGGGAAGCCCAGAUUCCCAUGCUGUCAGUGAAGGGCAGAAAUCUGUAGGAAUGCCCAAAACAACACGGAAAGGCAAGGAGAAGUCUGCCGAGAAAGAAAGAUCAGCCAAGGAAAAGCAAACUCCUCGAUUCGAACCCCAGAGGCCCAGGAUUGAUGUUGGCAGCCAUCCUCAGUCACUUUUCAGUGCACUCAUUGAGCAAAUACAAAUACCCACUGCUGUUCACACUCAGCAAGAAGAUCCAAACAAACCCUACUGGAUCUUGCGGCUGGUCUCUGAACACACCGACUCAGAUUAUGUUGACGUAAAAAAGGACACAGAGCGAGCAGAUGAAAUACGUGCAAUGAAGCAAGCUUGGGAGACCACUGAACCGGGGAGGGCCAUCAAGGCUGCUCAGGCCCGUUUGAAGUACCUGACCCAAUACAUUAAGAAACCAGUUGAAAGCACCACCUCCGCUCCCAGCCCUGAGACUUUGUCUGUGACUCAGAGCCAGAUUAAAUCCUCAGAAGAAGGAGAACUAGGUACUGGGAAAGAUGCAGACUUCAAAGAACUGCCACCAGUCGCAGCAGGAAGUGUGCUGUGGAAGAAGUGGCAAUUGACCAAGACCCUCAGCGGCCUGACAAAAUCCUCAAGCAGUGAGAGUGCAGCGAAAGAGGAGCCACUACGGAAGGAGAUUCCUGCUCCCCGACCACGAUCUCCGACAAUUUUGGAAACUUCUCCACAACAAAUUCGUAAAGCACUAGAGUUUUUGGAUUUCAGUCAUUAUGUACGGAAAACGACUGACGAGGCCGUGCUGCAGACAGACGAACUGAAUAAGCAGCAAGCGAUGCAGAAGGCGGAAGAGAUCCACCAGUUCCGGCAGUACCGCUCCCGGAUCCUCAGCAUCAGAGACAUCGAUCAGGAAGAACGCUUUAAGCUAAAGGAUGAGGUUCUGGAGAUGUAUGGGGGGAUGCGGGACUCUGUAGAUGAAGCCCGGCAGAAGAUCCUUGAUAUCCGGGAGGAAUACCGAAACAAGUUGCUGGAGGCUGAGCGCCUGAGGAUGGAAGCGCUGGCAGCUCAGGAGGCUGCAGUGAAGGUGGAGGCAGAGAAGAAGUCUCCGGCUUCCGACCCGCAGAAGAAGAAGAAAGGAGGGAAGAAAAAGUGACGCCCCGCACUGCGCUGUGCCACGGGGAGGGAUAGUGCGGGAUGCACUAGCGAUCACGUUGCUUCUUCAUCAAACGUUAGAUCAAUUGAAACCGGAGAAAAUGUUCCUCGCUCAUGGUUUCUAUAGUUUAAUGUAAACAUGUUGGUUUUGGUUACAAAGGGUUUGAAGGCACUAGCUUCUCAAAUGUUCUAGUUUCGUUAAAGUUGUGAAUAAAUCCUUAGGCUGUAAAUAA